AUGUAUUCUAUCUCGAUUAUUGCAUUAUUUGUUAUUGUUUUUCUUAAUCUUACAUAUGAACAAGAUAUAGAUAGAAAUUCCGGUUCUUAUGAAAUUCGUGAACAUAGUCUUAAUCGACCAUAUCCAGCUGUUUUUUCUACAGCAAAUUCAUAUUGGCAUUUAAUUGGUAAUACACUAGUUACAGAUCGAUAUGUUCGUUUAACAUCAGAUUCACAAAGUAAAGCCGGUGGUUUAUGGAAUACAAUACCUGUAAGUUAUCCUGAUUGGGAAAUGCAUGUUCAUUUUAAAGUACAUGGAACUGGAAAAGAAUUAUUUGGUGAUGGUUUUGUUAUUUGGUAUGUCAGAGAUCCGAAAUUAAUGGGUCCUGUUUUUGGUUAUCAAGAUCAUUUUCAUGGAUUAGCUAUUCUUAUGGAUACAUAUUCGAAUCAUAAUGGACCACAUAAUCAUGCUCAUCCUUACAUAUCAGCUAUGGUAAAUAAUGGUUCACUUCAUUAUGAUCAUGAUCGUGAUGGUACACAUACAGUUAUAUCUGGUUGUGAAUCACCAUUUCGUGGUCGAGAAACAGAUACACUUGUUGCUAUACGUUAUCAAAACGAUCGUUUAACUGUAUCAACUGAUAUUGAAGGAAAAAAUGUUUGGAAAGAAUGUUUUUCAACAUCGGAUGUUCAUUUACCAACACAUUAUUAUUUUGGUUUUUCAGCAGCAACUGGUGAUUUAAGUGAUAAUCAUGACAUUAUAUCCGUACAUACAUAUCAAUUAGAAUCAAGUGAACAACGACGUGCAGAAGAUCGUCGAAAUAUAAUACCAGAUGCUCCAUCAGCUGAACCUGAACGUCCACAUAGUGAUGAUCUAAAAGGAUCAGGAUGGACAGCAUUGAAAAUAUUUUUUCUUAUUAUUUUCUUAAUUAUUGUUUGUUUGGCUGUUGGUAUUGGUGCAUAUUAUUAUGUUAAUCAACGACAAUAUCAACGUACACGGUUCUAUUAA